UAGCGCUAGACCAGACAGGACGCGUCGGCGACACGAAUUCACCGUUCUAAUAUUCAUAAGCGGUACACGUCUUCACUGUACGUUUUGCUUCCGUCCGCCAUCGUCGCCAUUCGACCAGUUUUCGCCGUUUUCAAGAAUCGUUCAACGUCAACUAUUCAAAAAUGCCAGUAAAUCCGAGUGCAAUGCAAUCAACCAAUAAUGGUCCCAGGUCACCAUCUAAACCAGGCGCAUCUAGAACAGCCGGAAAUGUGCUUAGACAGCGAAAAACUGCUGCACCCACUACAUCAGUUAGAAACCGUAAUACUGGAACUAGCAGUGGAGGUAUGUGGCGUUUCUACACAGAUGACUCACCUGGAAUUAAAGUAGGACCUGUGCCCGUGUUAGUGAUGUCUUUGUUAUUCAUUGCCUCCGUUUUUAUGUUGCAUAUUUGGGGAAAAUAUAAUAGAGCUUAAUUUCUUUGUUUAAUUUA